AUGACAACAUCGAACUAUGUUCAACAAAUUGAUAUGGUAGGUUAUCUUAACGCCUUACAAUCAUAUAAUGAGAAUCAAGUAUCAGAAUUGGAUCAACUCGAUGGUGCUGAUUUAUUACGAUUAAUGUUAGCUAGUGAUGAAUUACAACUUCCAAUUUUAAUCUCUCAUGCUCAAGAUCAUUUAAUCAAAACUCAAACUGAAUGGAUAAAUCAAACUUUAGUACCAAUUCUUCAUAUAGUAUGUCAUCAUGGUACUUUUGGAAAACUUCGUGAUUAUACUUUAAAAACUAAUUCUCAUGGUGCAUCUGUUGGUACUCAUAGGUCUUUCAAGAAGUUUGGCUCGACUUUGGAUUCAUUUAUAUUUUCAUUUAACGAUACACAUAAUCCGACAAUGGCAACUUUAUCAAGAAUAAACGAAUCAUUGGAUGAAGAAGCUAUUUAUUUUUCGCAUAGUUAUGGCCCAUGCUUUGGUCAAAACGAUUUGCAUAUGGUAGAUCAAAGUUGGAAUUGUCGAAAGACAAGUUAUAGUAAUGAAAUUUUGACAGGUAAAUCGAAUUUUAUUGCUGAUGAUUAUGAGGUAUUUCAGAUUGUAGAAAACGAUGGAUUAAAAGAGAAAAAAACAGAGGUUCUAGAGGAACGUAAGAUGUUUAUUCAUAGUUUUGAUGGGUAUAUUAGAUGA